CGCGAGUGACGCACGCGUUCCAUUGGAAUUCAACACGCUCGUCUAUUGUUUCUCAAAUUGAAUUCAAAUAUUCCGAUCGCCUUUUGUUAUUAUAUAUUUGAAUUGCCGGUUCGAUGGUAUAGUGCGUGUGAUUGGUGGAAAUGUCGGCGCUUUUGAAGAACGUUACAAAUUGCAUUUGGCACGCGUUCGAUUCGCUGCAAAAUAAGGAUGUAGUGCAUAAAUCGAAGUUGAAGGUCCUGACAGCAAACAUCGGCACACUCCUCGAUUUAUACGGAGUAGAGAAAGGCCUCGACCACUUCAAAUCGUCUGCUGAGCUGACCUUCGACGAGUUCAAACACUACCUGCAGCAUGAGGUCUUCAGCAGCCUGCCCAAAACUACCACCCUACAGGUCGUCAGAGAGUACGAGACGAAGAUAAGUGAGGUAUGCUGGCUGGUAUGCCGCAAGCACCACUUGAGCCGCGACAAACCUGUGUUUGACGACGAAUCCGUCUUCAAGCUGUUCCGUAUAUUCUGCCUGCUAGCUGAUCUAGUGCAGGAUGCUGAUGAGCCCGACCGUUAUGUGGUUGUCCUCCAGCCAUCAGAAGCCGGCAUCGUUGCCGAACAACUAGUCCACUGCUUAGGCCUCCGCUGGGACGCAGCCGACUGGGAGGCCCUAGGAGCCUCCAUCGGACAUUUCAAGUGGCCCGCGUUCUUGGCGGUUCUUGAAGCCAAGUAUUGCUGCGAACAGCUGCAUGCGGCUGCUUUAGUUGAAGCCGUUGAUGAGAUAUACGAUGUGUUUAUCGAGGAUAUUAUUAAGAAGGGCUACCUGUUCAAACGAGGGUACCUGCUGCCAACCAUGCGCGAAUACUGGUGUGUGCUACAGCCCUGUGCCCUCACAUACUACAAGAGCUCGGCGCAGAGAGAACAAUGUGGUCAGUUCUAUUCUUAACUUACUGCCACUCUUACCACUGCAAUGAAAUCAUCAUCCUCCUUGCGUUAUCCCAGCAUUUGCCACGGCUCACAGGAUUUCAGGAGUCGUCUCCAAUGGGUAUCAGCGCUAAAGCAAGCGGCGGCAGUAUCAGGCGGGGCGGAAGGCUAUCAGCGAAGGGCGCGGGCAGGAAGACGAGGGGCGGGCGCGCGGAGGGAACGCGAAGCGCGUGAAACUCGUGCGAGGCUGCAGCAUGAAGUUCGUGCGCGAUUAGCAGCAGAAGCGCAGGCGCAGGAGUUAGCAGAACUGGCACAACAGGACAACAAAAAACUGGAAGAAUUAAAAACAACGCAAACAGAACUAGAACGGCUUCUACAGGAAGAGACUCAAGCAAAACGAGACGAAGAGAUCGUUCGAGCUCUUCAGGCUAGAGUUUUAGCUGAAGAAUGGGAGAGAAGAGAAGAACUAGAAAGACUCCAAGAAGAGCAGAAUAGAAUGCUGGAGGAAGAGCGUCUAAAACGAAAACAAUUUGAAAAACUUCAGGCUGAAAAGGAAGCUCAAUACAGAGAAGCAGAAAAACGUCUUAAAGAGUUGGAGGAGGAGAAAAGAAGACUCGACCAGGAGCUUAAAGCAGCUCAGCAGAAGAUAUCCAAGACUGACCACACUGCGAAGGCUUUGCACGUACAACUCAGAGAUUUGAAACCAGCAGUAUUAAGGUCUCGCCGAGCCGUGUCCUUCAUGCCAACCACCAAGAGUUCCUCCGACACGCUCAUCGACCUCAGAGCCAUACACUGCAAGGUCUUCGACGAUGAAGACAAUUUAUGAUCUGAUUAAACACUCUUAGUCUUAGUUAUCCUCCUUGCGUUAUCCCGGCAUUCGCCACGGCUCACGGAAACCUGGGGCCCGUUUAAUAUUUAAACUAAGUAUGAAAUAUAAUUAUUACCUAUGCAUUUUACUACGAAAAACCCAACUUUUGUUUCUGUGGUACGUUUAUGAAAAUAUAGGCAACUUGUAAUCUGAGCUAUAUAAUAUAAUACUUAAUUACAGCGUAGCAAAUCUUUAAUAUAGCCUACCAAUUAUUUGGUUAAAUAAAUUUGAAUGUUUUUA